AUGCUUUCAGAGGUUCUAAGUAUUGAGAGAACUGCGACAAAAGAAGAGAUCCGAAAGGCCUAUAGAAAGGCUGCCCUCGCUAGUCACCCAGACAAGGUCCCAGAGUCCGAACGUGAAGCCGCAGAGGUCAAGUUCAAGUCCGUUAGCCAGGCAUAUGACAUUCUCCAUGACGAUGAGAAACGACAUAUCUACGAUACCCACGGCAUGUCGGCGUUUGACGGGUCGGGUCGUCCCGGCAUGGGAGGUCCCGAUCUCGACGAUAUAAUUAACUCUAUGUUCGGCAUGGGAAUGGGAGGAGGAAUGCCUGGUUAUGGUCCGGGAGCCCCAAAGCCCAAGAAGGGUCCAAACGAAGAGCAGACGUAUACCGUAAGCCUGGAAGAUCUAUACAAAGGCCGAACUGUCAAGUUUGCCAGUACCAAAAACGUUAUCUGCAGCCUUUGCAAGGGUAGGGGUGGAAAGGAGAGGGCUACUCCAAAAACAUGUUCAGCAUGUGAUGGACAAGGCCACAAGGAGACCCUCGUGCAGAUUGGCCCCGGCCUCGUCACUCGCGCCACGGCGGAGUGUAAAGUGUGCGAAGGCUCCGGAAAAUUUUUUCAGGCAAAGGACAAGUGCAAGAAAUGCAAAGGCAAAAGAGUUACUGAAGAACGGAAAUUGCUGGAAAUUUAUAUUCCUCGAGGCGCCAAGCAAGGGGAUAGGAUCGUUUUAGAAGGCGAAGGAGACCAGAUUCCUGACGUUGAACCAGGUGAUAUUAUCUUUCAGUUGGAAGAGGCAGAGCACGACGUGUUCAAGCGCGCCGGUGGUGACCUUCACGCCGUUCUUCAUAUCACACUAGCCGAAGCUCUCUGCGGGUUUUCAAGAGUCGUAUUAAAGCAUCUGGACGGAAGAGGCAUAGAGCUGACCCACCCAAAGAAGCCUGGCGAUGUUUUGCGACCAGGACAGGUUCUCAAGAUCGCAGGCGAGGGCAUGCCAUAUAAACGAAGCGAAGCCCGCGGCGACCUUUAUUUGACUAUUGAGAUUAAGUUCCCGGAAGACGGAUGGGCGUCGGAUCAGACCCUUCUUAACAAGCUACGGGAUAUUCUCCCAGGUCCAGAGCCGCCAAUUGAAGCGGAGCCCGUUGAUGAAGUUGACUACGAUCCAAAGGCGAACUUGGACGACUUCGGGGCGAAAGAUGCCCAAGGUGGAUCGGCCUGGGAAGACGAAGACGAAGAAGAAGGUGGACCUCAAUGUGCAGCACAGUAA